AGGGUUAAAAAAAAGGUACAACGGGUCGAUGUCAAUGCAAAUUGUCAGAGAAAAAUCGCGCUCAUUCAUUUCGUAGUCAAACCAAAUUUGCAUAAAAUUUCCAGUUCCAAGUCGCCAGCAUGUCCGAUUGCGGAAAACCGGAGGAGAAAUGCUUGAAGAAAUCGAACAUCCUGGUGUAUCAGCAACCGUCCGGACAACGGACAGAACGCAAACGGGACGAUUGCAAGGGACGAGUAAAAAUCCCGCUUUGCAAGCCCCAGCCUAAACCCAUCCGAGUAUGCACCGGGGCCGAUCUAAGAAAAAUGUGCUCACCCAAAGUGUGCCCAUGUGAACCAUCGAAGAAAAAACCCUUCGGAAUUCUCCGAGUGCUGGGUAGCAAUUCAUCAAUCAUUUUCCAUCAGUUUGCAAUGAGCUUCCAGCUAAAAAUUCCUACUGUUGCAGGCUUUGGGUUUAAAUCCGCGCUAGCUGCAGCUGCAGUGUACAUCACAUACGAUAUGGGCAUAUGGGGAUCAACGGAAGAAACGCAAAAUUUGUACGGGAACGCCUGCACUUUGUUUGGACAACCGCAGCCCAAAAAGAACAGCAAAUGGGACCCGCCGUCCUGUGAGGCUGAAAGCGGGUUUUUUUCGAAGCCCAACUACAAGCCAUACGACUACUGCCAGGAUCCUCCGAUUAGAGCCGAGGAGUCUUUCUUGAAAUUCAAACAUAUGUGGAACAGAAGUGUGUCGUAUAUCUUCCAUGGCAUUGCCAACUUCCCUGGCAAUUUAACCGGUAAAGACAGUAAACUGAAGCCGGAUGAAGAGGCAACGAAGCCAAAGGAGUGCAUCUCUUACAAGCAGCUCAGCGAUGCGGAGCUAGAAAAGAUCAAGUCCAUUUACAAAUAGAGCCGAACUGCGGCUGUUUCAAUAAAGCUCUCAGCAGUU